CAAAAGAACUGAAAAUGCCAUUAACAAACGCCAAGAGGGUCCAAAGACUACUGCUGAUCGUAAAGCAGUAGCGCAAGAUUUGAAGGAUAUGCUUGGUGUUUGGUUGUACGAAGCGAAGGAGAAGUUAGGGACCGAUGUAGCUGUUGCACUGCAUUCAGAUACGCCCGCCGACUGGACGAACAACAUGUCGUAUAGCAAUUCUCGUGCAGCAGUUCAUUCCCUUGCACAAGGCGAUGUACUAUCAACGUAUAAUUCCAAAUGCAAAGAAUUUUAUGGAAAUAAUGGCAUGUGCAAUAUAUAUGAAUUCCAUUUGUAUGAUCCGAUAAUAACAAUUAGUUGCGCUCGUCGAUAUUUAGAAGCAUCGGCGACAAAGAAUGAUAGAUCCGGCUCGAAGCGCAAAUAUAAUAUUGGGUUGAAGCGUAUAUGUAGAUGCUUGCUCAACCAGUUCUGCAAUGUAACUGGGGAGGAGACUGAUCAAUUUCCAUGGAGCAAGUUCGUGCGCAUAGCUGUGAAAAUGGUAACACCGUUUCGUAUGAGUAUGGCGAAAAGAAUGUCAAGCUUGUGGGCUUUGAUUAUGACAAAGAUAAGGACGAGCAAUUUCAUCAAACAGCCGUCGAGCCGAUCAAAAUGGCAGCUACUAUGUUGCGAGACUUAGAUAAGGCUAUACAGGAUGAAUUAGUUAACAUAGAAAAGAAAGAAGAAUGAAGGGCAAUUACCUAUAUUGGUUUGACGUUAUCAUCAACGGCUUAUUUUUAUAUUCAAUAAAUUUUGUACAAAU